AUGGUUAAAAAUGAGAGAAAAUGGCUCUCCGGGGGGGAGGGGUCCAGCAGGGCACGGUCUGUGGUCCGAAGUACCUGUGGCUUUACCGUGGGUCUGUCCUUGGCCACAGCCUAUGGGCUCCUGGAACUUCUAGCGGAGGGACACAGCCCCUUCGGCUGCCUGGUGACCACGGUCACUUUGGCUGCCUUCAUCAGCUUGGGCAUGGGGUUUUCCCGCCAGGUCCGUGUCUCUGUCUUCCUGUUGCUUCCUCAGGCUUUCUCCAAGCAGAGCCGGUUGCUGCUGUUGGUGGCUGCCUUUGGGCUGGUGCUACAAGGACCCUGUGCGAACACCCUGCGUAACUUUACCCGGGCAAGUGAGGCUGUGGCCUGUGGGGCAGAGCUGGCACUGAACCAGACAGCUGAGAUGCUGGAGCGGGCCAAGAAGCCCCUUGUCAGUGCUCUGUCCAAGAUUAAAGCUAUUGCCCAGAAGGCCAAAGUGGUGGCUGACCGGGUACGCAAGUUCUUCCGGUCCAUCAUGGAUGGCGUGAAGCACAUAGCCAGGUGUCUGCAGAAUGUGUGGUUUUGGCUCCUUCAUAUUGGUGAUGUGUGCAACGCCGAGCUGGGCAACCCUUACAUGAAAUGCUCUCGGCUGUUUGACAAUGCCAAGGACAACUGUAUGAAGGUCGUGCCGCGAUUCCAUCAUUUGUGUUACGUGCUCUUGCCCUUCAAACUGUCGCUCUGUGGACUUAACAGCUUGGUCCAAAAGUUCUGUGUCAUUCCCAUGUACCUCCAACAGUUUCUACGAAAGACCAUAGGCACCCCCGUGAUAAAGCUGAUUGAUAAGAUACGUCGUGAGUUUGAAUUCAACAUGACGGCCACCCACUACUUCUCUGUGGACCUCAAUUCCUCUCGGAGCCUGUCCCAGGUGGCUUUGGACCUACGUGAGGCUGUCAGCAUGAAACUGUACACCGCCAGGGAGAUCCUGUCUUUGAUGGGCUACACCAUGCCUCUGCUCUUCCUGCUCCUCUACCUCCAAGCUCUGUAUUACCGGUAUGGUUACCUGAACUGGGACAACUUCGACAACAUCUAUAUCACCAGGCGUUUCCUGGACAUGGAGAGAGCGCGCUCCAUGAUAGGGCUGCCCACGGUGCUGCCACUCAGUUCUCACGAGGCCAAACUCUACAUCCAGCCAGGCUCCAUCCUCCUGACCCGGAGGGAACAGAUUUUCUAUAUCGUGGAGAUCUUUAACCUCAGCCGCCAUCUCCUCCUCGUGCUCCUCCUGGUCUUUCUGGACUACGGCAUCUUCUGGAUUCUGGAUCUGGCCCGAUACUUCCUCCAGGGCGAGGUUGUAGCCCGCAGUCCUGUGCUAGUGUCUAUAACGGUGGAAGGGACCGGCUAUUCGGGGAACAUUUACCGUGACCUGGUAUCGGCUUUUGAUGUGCUGCAACAAGGCAACAUCAGUAUAUUGUCCCGGCGCUGCACCCUUCAUCCCUCAGAACCAGAUACUAAAGGUUACAUCGUUAUUGGUAUCAUGUAUGGUCUGUGCUUCUUCGUCACUCUGUUUGGCAGCUACAUCAGCAGGCUGCGGCGUGUCAUCUGUGCGUCCUACUACCCCUUCAGGGAGCAGGAAAGGAUCUCCUACCUCUACAACAUACUUCUGAGUCGUCGGACCAACAUAAUGGCUACAGUGCAACGAGCAGUGAGACGGCGGGCAGCUGACCAGGGUCACAGGACCAUCCUGCAGGUGCUGGCCACCCGGUACCCUUUCUUAAAUCUGUUGCUUGGCCAUUUUUUGUUGCAUCAGUCUUACUGCCUGGGCUGUGGGGAGCCUGAAGACAAAGGGGGCCUAGAGAACUUUGUGUCCUGCAGUACCCCAGGCUGCAAAGGACUCUACUGCCCGACCUGUUUCCGUCUCCUGGACAACACCUGUUCUGUGUGUGCGUCUCCCCUCUCCAACCAGGGGGUCCUGGACCUGGAGCUGGACUCCAGUGAUGAGGAGGGUCCUCAGCUAUGGCUGGCUGCAGCUCGAAGAAGGGCCCCCGAGCAGGAGCUGACCCUUCGACAAUGGCUUCAGGAAGCGCUGCGCACAAAGCUUUCAGACAAGUCCAGCCUUGAGCCCAAGGGAGCAGAAAGCAGGUUACCUACCUGUGACUUUGAGCUUACUGGUCCGUUCUCUCCUCCCAGUGGCCAGAACAAAGAGAAACAAACUCAGCAGAAGCAUCCACAGCAUCUCCCAGAAGCUCAUCGGUCUUUUGAGGGCCUCCGCUUUCCCCAAGAGGGGGAAGGGCCACCAGGCCAAAGGGGUAAAUAG